GGCAGAUUUUGAACCCUAAACAGUGCAACUGGAGUAUUUGUGUGAAUGUACCACUGGGAGAAUCUAACAUGCUGUUGUUAAUCAAUGUCCUUCUCACCUCGUGGUUUUACACUGCUCAUGGACAGGGGAAACCUUGUAAUUAUCCAGUAAUAAAACAUGGACGGCUACAUUAUCCAUACAGAGGAUACUUCCCAGCACGUGUAAAUCAACAGUUUGUCUAUUACUGUGAUCAGCAUUUUGUGCCUCCUUCACAAAGUUCCUGGGAUUACCUGACUUGCACAGCAGAAGGAUGGUCUCCAGAAGAACCAUGCCUCAGACAAUGUACUUUCAAUUAUUUGGAAAAUGGACAUACCCCACCUCGUGAAGAAAAAUAUUUACAGGGUAAAACUGUAAGAGUAGACUGCUAUGACGGCUACAGUCUUGAAAACAAUCAGAACACAAUGACCUGCACAGAGAACGGCUGGUCUCCUCCUCCCAGAUGCAUCCGUGUCAAAACAUGUUCGAAAAACAGUGUAAGAAUUGAGAAUGGAUUUUUGUCUGAAUCUGCCUUUAUGUAUCCCCUAAAUAAGCAAACAGAAUAUAAGUGUAAACCAGGAUAUGUAACAGCAGAUGGUAAGACAUCAGGAUUAAUUACAUGUCUGCAAAAUGGAUGGUCAGCUCAACCUGUAUGCAUUAAAUCCUGUGACAGGCCAGUAUUUGAGAAGGCCAGAGCCAAAAGUGAUGGCACGUGGUUCAGGCUGAACGACAGGCUGGACUACGAAUGUCUUGACGGGUAUGAGAACCGAGACGGACGCACCGCAGGCUCCAUAGUAUGUGGUCAAGACGGCUGGUCCGAUAAAGCUGCAUGCUACGAAAAAGAAUGCAGUAUUCCUGAAAUGGAUACAUACUUAGAUGCUUAUCCCAGGAAAGAAACAUUUAAAGUUGGAGAUGUGCUGAAAUUCUCCUGCAGUCAAGGCCGUAUUAUGGUUGGAGCAGAUUCAGUUCAGUGUUACCACUUUGGAUGGUCCCCUAAACUUCCAGCGUGUAAAGAAGGGAAUGUAAAAUCGUGUGCUCCACCUCCUCAACUUCUCAAUGGGAAAGGGAAAGAAAUACACAAAGAAGAGUAUGCACACAAUGAGGUCGUGGAAUAUGCUUGCAACCCCAGAUUUCUGAUGAAGGGUUCUCAUAAAAUUCAGUGUGUUGAUGGAGAAUGGACAGCUUUACCCGUGUGUAUUGAGGAGGAGCAUAUCUGUGAAGAUAUACCUGACGUUGAUCACGGCGAUGUCAAGCCUUCUGUCCCUCCCUAUCAGCAUGGUGACUCGGUAGAGUUCAGUUGCAGAGCAGCAUUUACAAUGAUUGGACCCAGAUUUAUCACGUGUAUUAGUGGAGAGUGGACCCAGCCUCCUCAGUGCAUUGCAACAGAUGAACUUAAGAAGUGUAAAGGGUCAAAAUUAUUUCUACCUGAUGGAGAACUAGCACAUAAAAUUGAAUAUGAUCAUAACACCUACAAAAGUUACCAAUGCCGAGGAAAAUCAGAACUCAAACACUCAAUCUGUAUAAAUGGAAAAUGGGAUCCUAAAGUAACCUGCAAAGAAGAAGCACAAAUACAACCAUGCCCACCUCCACCUCAGAUUCCCAAUGCUCGAGAUAUGACAACCACAGUGAAAUAUCAGGAUGGAGAAAAAAUAUCAAUUCUAUGUAAGGAAAAUUAUUUGAUUCAAGAUGCAGAAGAGAUUGUGUGCAAGGAUGGGAGAUGGCAGUCAAUCCCACGUUGCAUUGGGAAACCUUGUAAUUAUCCAGUCAUAAAACAUGGACGGCUACGUUCUUCACACAGAGGAUACUUUCCAGCACGUGUAAAUCAACAGUUUGUCUAUAACUGUCAUCAGCAUUUUGUGCCUCCUUCACAACGUUCUUGGGAUUACCUGACUUGCACAGCAGAAGGAUGGUCUCCAGAAGAACCAUGCCUCAGACAAUGUAUUUUCAAUUAUUUGGAAAAUGGACAUACCCCACGUCAUGAAGAAAAAUAUUUACAGGGUGAAACUGUAAGAGUUCACUGCUAUGAAGGCCACAGUCUUGAAAACAAUCAGAACACAAUGACCUGCACAGAGAAUGGCUGGUCUCCUCCUCCCAGAUGCAUCCGUGUCAAAACAUGUUCGAAAAACAGUGUAAGAAUUGAGAAUGGAUUUUUGUCUGAAUCUGCAUUUAUAUAUCCCCUAAAUAAACAAACAGAAUAUAAGUGUAAACCAGGUUAUGUAACAGCAGAUGGUAAGACAUCAGGAUUAAUUACAUGUCUGCAAAAUGGAUGGUCAGCUCAACCUGUAUGCAUUAAAAGAGAAUGCACUGUUCCUGAAAUGGAUACAUACUUAAAUGCUUAUCCCAGAAAAGAAACAUUUAAAGUUGGAGAUGUGCUGAAAUUCUCCUGCAGUCAAGGCCGUAUUAUGGUUGGAGCAGAUUCAGUUCAGUGUUACCACUUUGGAUGGUCCCCUAAACUUCCAAAGUGUAAAGAAGGGAACGUAAAAUCGUGUGCUCCACCUCCUCCUCUUCUCAAUGGGAAAGGGAAAGAAAUGCACAAAGAAGAAUAUGCACACAAUGAGGUCGUGGAAUAUGCUUGCAACCCCAGAUUUCUGAUGAAGGGUUCUCAUAAAAUUCAGUGUGUUGAUGGAGAAUGGACAGCUUUACCCGUGUGUAUUGAGGAGGAGCGUAUCUGUGAAGAUAUACCUGACAUUGAUCACGGCGAUGUCAAGCCUUCUGUCCCUCCUUAUCACCAUGGAGACUCAGUAGAGUUCAGUUGCAGAGAAGCAUUUGCAAUGAUUGGACCCAGAUUUAUCACGUGUAUUAGUGGAGAGUGGACCCAGCCUCCUCAGUGCAUUGCAACAGAUGAACUUAAGAAGUGUAAAGGGUCAAAAUUAUUUCUACCUGAUGGAGAACUAGCACAUAAAAUUGAAUAUGACCACAACACCAACAAAAGUUACCAAUGCCGAGGAAAAUCAAAACUCAAACACUCAAUCUGUAUAAAUGGAAAAUGGGAUCCUAAAGUAACCUGCAAAGAAGAAGCACAAAUACAACCAUGCCCACCUCCACCUCAGAUUCCCAAUGCUCGAGAUAUGACAACUACAGUGAAAUAUCAGGAUGGAGAAAAAAUAUCAAUUCUAUGUAAGGAAAAUUAUUUGAUUCAAGAUGCAGAAGAGAUUGUGUGCAAGGAUGGGAGAUGGCAGUCAACCCCACGUUGCAUUUAGGCAUGUGGAAUUUCAGAAGAAACAAUGAGAAAGCAUCACAUACAGUUAAGAUGGAAACACGAUCCAAAACUUUACUCAACAGAAGAUAAUAUUGAAUUUAUGUGUCAACAUGGUUAUCGUCCAGUGUCACCAGAG